UUCUCAGGAUCUCCCUGCAAAACCUAAUUUGAAUUCACAUUUAGCUGCCAUCAAUGCUCGGAUUUCGUGGUUCUGCCGGAAUACUCUCCGACGUCUCUCGUCGGCUUCAUCAGACCGUAUCGUUGCAUGGGAUACAGGUCCGGGGAAUCCGUGUGGGAGGCACAGACAUUCCAGACAACAAGCGUCUGGCAGUUUCUCUUACUAGCAUUUAUGGAAUCGGCCCUGCUAGAGCUCGCCAAAUUCUCAGUGAGCUCAACAUAACCAACAAGCACACUUAUGAAUUAACUGGAAGAGAACUCAACUCUCUACGUGAAUAUGUCUCCUCAGCCUAUGUCCUUGGAGAAGAUUUGAAGCGAUGUGUUAAAGGGGACCUAGAUAGAUUGAUAAAUAUACAGUGCUAUCGAGGGUUCAGGCAUCAGGAUGGGUUACCUUGUAGAGGACAGCGUACUAAAACCAAUGCUCGGACUGUCAAGGAUAGGCCACCUGCUUUUCCAGGAGUGAGGAGAACCCAUCGGAAGUAGGUUUCUGUCUUCUUUCUGGUUGGUGGUGACUACUUUUUUGCUUUUGCAAAUGGGUUCGUUUGUUGUAGUCUGGAGUUGGAUUGAUCCAUGAAUUGAGGCUAAUUCCACCUUACUCCAAAUGUCCAUGAUAUGUUCUUCAAUAAAGUGCUGAUCUUUUUCUCGUAUCAUGUUGCAUUAACUAGAUUGUUAGCUUUCUCUGAAGAUUGAAUCCAACUUCUGAUGAAUGAUGAUGUUUUAUUGGUGGUUUAUUAGCCAUAUCUUCUGUCAUGGUCUCGUUGUAGCUUCAAGAAAGCUUUAGCAUAGAUCAUGCCAGCUUUAUAAAUAUGCACUGGCAAAAUACUGACUUGUAGCGUGAUUGAUUUGAGCUAUACCAGUCUGAUUAUGCAUUCCGCUGUUACAAACUUACAACUGAAAAUACUUCGCUGGCCAGUAGCGAGUACAGAGUACACACCUUAACCUUACCCUCCUGUUUGGCUUCCGAGAAACCUCAGGAAAAUGGCACAAACCCUGGCACUGCCUGUUGCCCCCUCUCUCUCCCUUAUAUGCAACAAAACAAGCUCUCUUUCUCUCUCCAACUCCGUCUCUUUCCCAAUUUCGAUCGCUCCCAAGUAUCGUGGUCUAAGCAUACAAUGUGCUCGUAUUGGAGGAGUGGAAAUUCCAAACAACAAGAGAGUUGAGUUCUCUCUGCAGUAUAUCCAUGGGAUUGGUCGCUCCAGUGCUCGAAAGAUUCUUUGUGAUCUCAACAUGGAGAACAAAAUCACCAAAGACUUAUCUGAGGAAGAGCUCAUUACCAUCCGUGAUGAAGUCUCCAAGUACAUGAUUGAAGGGGAUUUGAGGCGGUUUAAUGCACUUGCUAUAAGGAGAUUGAAGGAGAUUCGAUGCUACAGAGGGAUCCGGCAUGUUCAGGGCUUGCCAUGUAGAGGACAGCGCACAAGGAAUAACUGCCGUACCUUGAAAGGUAAGAGGGUUGCCAUUGCUGGAAAGAAGAAAGCUCCUCGUUGAUUGAAUUGAUUGAAAAAUCAUGAUUUCUAUUUCACAUGAAUCAGUGUGUAGCAUAACUCAAUUACUUUGAGUGUGAAAUUUGAUGUCUGACCUCGAAGCUGCUUUUGUAAUUGGUACUAGAUUUCUUUGUUUCACAGCUUAUCUGAAAUUCUUGGAGAACAUAUAUUACUUAUGAGCAUAUGUUUCUUGUGCAAUGAAAUUGUCAAUGACAUAUUUGUCACAAACUUUAGUUGAACUUCGUUAUUUCGAGAAACUCAGAACUUUGUCCUGUUAGAUUAGGAAAGCUAGCAAGUGUCUACAGGUCCUAACUUACACAUUGCAAAUAUGUUCAUUGGAGCACAAAAUGGUUCUCUGAUUAACUGCGUUGUAGCUCAAUUAAGCUGUAAGGUGGUC